CCUCCCAUGUGCAGUCACUGUCUGACAGGCUGAGACAGAGACCUGCAUCAGAAUAAAAGGGCUGAGGGACAGGGCCCUUCCAUCCUCUGUCCUCCCGAGAUACCCACAGAUCCUGUGCUGCCUAUCAUCUUGCUUCUGAACACCACAGCUGAAAUGUCCUGCCAGCAGAGCCAGCAGCAGUGCCAGCCCCCUCCCAAAUGUCCUCCCAAGUGCCAGACACCAAAGUGCCCUCCCAAGUGCCAGACACCAAAGUGUCCUCCAAAAUGCCCCCCAAAAUGCCCUCCUAAAUGCCCCCCUGUGUCAUCCUGCUGCAGCCUGGGGUCUGGUGGCUGUGGCUCUAGCUCUGGUGGAUGCUGUGGCUCCAGCUCCGGAGGUUGCUGCAGCUCUGGGGGUGGCGGCUGCUGCCUGAGCCACCACAGGCCCCGCAGAUCUCUUCGUCGCCAUCGUCACAGCUCUGGAUGCUGUAGCAGCGGUGGCAGCAGUGGUUGCUGUGGCAGCAGUGGUGGCAGCAGCGGCUGCUGUGGAAGCAGCGGGGGCAGCAGUGGCUGCUGUGGCAGCAGCGGGGGCAGCAGCUGUGGCAGUAGCCAACAGUCUGGUGGCUGUUGCUAACCUAGGUGAGGAAGACUUCAGACAACUGUUGCAGGAGGAAGCCAUGCUCAGCAGACUGGUCCAUGCAUCUGCCUUCUCUCCUCUGGCUUCCCUCCUUGCCCUGCCCACUCAGAUGCUGACAUCUCGUGUGCAAGGUUCUGCAUUCCACUCACCAGAUGACGGUGCCCCUUUGCCUCUUUGUUACAAAUAAAAAGGUCUUGGCUACCA